AAAACAAGUUUAAAGUAAACAAGUUUGAUUUGACGUUUCACGUUUAUUGUCACCAACAAAAUAAACUUUCUUUUUCCAAUUUCAACUUUCUGUACUUGUGACUCGAGAUACUUUGUGUUCAGUUGUAAAUUGUUAUUUAUUUUCUAACAUGUCUCCUGUGAAGUUAUAUCAUUUUCCAUUAAGUGCUCCUUCGCGCGGUGCUUGUUUAGCGGCCAAAGUAAUUGGAGCUCCGAUAGAAAUUGAAAUUAUUGAUUUAUUCAAGAAGGAACAGUUCAAAGAAAGUUUUCUGAAAAUAAAUCCUCAACAUUGCGUUCCUACCCUGGACGACGAAGGUUUUAUUCUCUGGGAGAGUCGGGCUAUUGCAUGUUAUUUGGCGGACAAAUAUGGGAAAGACGACUCACUAUACCCAAAAGAUCUUAAACGACGAGCCUUAGUUAACCAAAGAUUAUAUUUUGAUAGUUCAUUUCUUUACGUGAAGAUAAGAGCGAUAUGCUACCCAAUUCUGUACCAAGGUGUAAAAGAAAUAUCAAAAGCAUUAAAAGAUGACUUGAAUGGUACACUGGGUUUCCUUGAUAAGUUUCUAGAGGGCUCUAAGUGGGUUGCAGGUGAAAAUUGUACAAUUGCAGACACUUCUAUUUAUGCAUCUGUGUCAGCUAUAUUGGCUGUAGGUUGGGACAUUACACAAUUUCCAAACAUUCAGAGAUGGUUAAAACAGUGUGCAGAUUUACCUGGUUAUACAGAAAGUGAAGAAGGUGCUAAAUUGUUUGGAGAAGCUGUUAGAAAGAAUCUUAAUUAAUAAAAAUCUUGAAUCACGUAUUUAAAAAAUAUAUAUA